UUCCUAACUUCUAUUCAUAUUGCAUAACAAAUAUUAAUAAAUCGUUCGUAUUACAUUCAAAUAUUCCUUACGAUUCCUUGCAUUCAAUAAAUAAUAUUCUCGAUCUAUAUCGUUAUUAACUAUUGCAUCUAUUCAUAAAAUUUCGAAAGUGUAUACAUUUAUACUGCACAUGUAUUUCAAAAAUUACGAGACAAAAAAGUCAGAUGCGUAAAAUGUAUACGUUAAACAAGAAAUCAGCGUAAAGGUCCCUGUUUCGAUUAUUUAAUAAUUCUGUGGCAAAUUAAUUAGUUAAGCAUGCGAAAAAUAUUGUUAGUUCAAACUGAUUGUUCAAAUUUUGUCUCUUACAUGGAUAGCCAUCUAGUGGUGAAUAGACUGAAUUCAUUUUAUUGUUGUUGUAGUUGUUAAUUAUUUAAAGUUUCAGGUACACCUGAAUCAUAUUUACAACACUGUAAUUGUACCUAUAUUGCACUAAGAACUACUUAACGAUAUAAAAAUAGAUAUCUUUUAUGGAUAUUUUAUAAUUAUACAAUAAAUUUGAAUAUGUACCUGGGAAACUUAUUACUAGGAGACUAUUCAUAGGAACUUGUAAUUCUAUUUAUAAGACAAUAACGAUAAAUAAAUAAUUCUGUAUUAAAAGUAAACAAUAAUUGCCUGUUCAUAUUUCUUAUUUAAUAGCCCCUGAUAAUGGGCAACCCAACUCUCAACCCUGGCAGUCGGCAACCCGGCGUUCGCGUGCGUUGAAACUUUACUCGUGACUACGUGAAUUCAUAGUAAAACUCAAGAUUUAUAAUAACUGAUCUUGAAAACUAAACGGAAGCGACAAUUAAACAUCACAUUAGAACACAAGAAUACAACGAAACGAUUGAUAUCUGCAAUUACUAAUUACCAAUGUAUUCAUAUCUUCCCCCGAUGAAAAUAUCGAAGUAUUCACACCACAUAUAUCAGCCACAUUUUUUUCAUACAAAAGUUUCGUUGCUCCGCCAACACUCAGAUAACAUUAUUUAAUUGUAAGUAAAGAAAAAAUUGUGCUUUUUUACGAGAUUCGAAGAUAGGAUAGAUCGUAGGUGUGGAUUCUCGGUGUCCGUAAACGAGCUUGACAUUCGAACCCUUUUAGAUUUGGGCAAUUGCCAUUGAAUCGAAAUUGACCAGCUUCAAUGUUAACAUUCGCAAUGACGAUGCGGAUGUUCUCAGCAAAGCAGUUUGCCGCUAACAAGCUACGAGUGCAUACCUGUGCUUACGUCCAGCGAAAUGUUUACAGUAAACAGUCUCAUGGGGACGGUGAUGCGAUGCAUAAAUAUUAACUUGUAACUAUAACACAACUGUGACAAAGCAUCGUGUUAAUGUGUCGAUUAUAUUGCCUACUUUAUAAUUAGUUUGAAAACAAGAAUUUAACCCUUUGAAUGCUGUGGACUUGAAGUUACGAGCGGUCAGUGAAUCAAUGUAUCGUGUACAGCGAACGCCCAUGGGCGUUUAGCGAACAUGAUUAACUAUAACUGCAUACAACUUUUCGUACACGGCCAGCGCCGAAUUAAGGUUUUGUAGACUACUGGACUUCAUGCAGACCUGCAUGUACUGCGAGAAUAUCUUCACUCAAAAUAUCAAUGGUUACAGCUAUUUUGAGCAUUAUACGAUUACUUGAAAUAAUUGUUCUUUCAAUCUCUGAAAGUCCAUCAUCUGGAGGAGUCUCCUAAAGCCCAUGCUUUAAUCCAGCUCUGUAUACGACGUGUGUGUAUUUCUGUAACCAAAAUUUAACACCGAAAAAGUUGUAUAUACAAUGGACUUCAAAAUAACGAACCAUUUGCCAAAGAAAACAUUGCCGAUAAUUCAAUCGUUCAAUCUCUUCUAUUAAACCGAAACAAUGUCUUACUCUACGACAUUUUCAUUCCACUGUGCUCCAGGUUUCUUAAGGUGAAGUUUCCAAUAACAAUGAAAAGGAAGAAACUAUUGUUCUUACAACAAAGUUACGACUUUGUUCUAAACUGAACUUUCAUUACAAAGCUGAUAAGUAUCGAGUAAAGAAAAGAUGACGGUCUCGUACCAGUCUCAAAUCGCUAACUCCACAAGAGGUGGAUUCACCAGACUCCUGUUCAUGUGGAAAGGUUCACUCUACAAACUCAUCUAUAAAGAACUAUUGCUGUUUUUAUUCCUUUUCGCUGCACUAUCUACCAUUUACCGGCAAAUACUUACUUCCAAACAAAAAAAGAACUUUGAACAAAUUGUUAUUUACUGCGACAAAUUUAUUAAUUUAAUUCCAUUAAGUUUCGUCCUUGGAUUCUAUGUGUCCUACAUUGCACAAAGGUGGUGGCAACAAUACCAAGCGAUACCUUGGCCGGACAAAGUGAUGCAUUUAAUUGCGUUAUACGUUACGGGGAACGAUGAAUAUAGUCGUAUACUUCGAAGAGCGCUCAUGCGUUAUUUAAAUCUUUCCUUAAUACUCGUUUUACGAUCAAUCAGUUCGGCAGUGAAAAAACGAUUUCCUACGCUCGAACACGUUGUUGAGUUUGGAUUUAUGACAUCAUUAGAAUUGGAAUUGUUUUUGGCUGUACCAAGUUCAGAGUUCAACACUUAUUGGAUCCCUUGCACCUGGUUCAUCAAUCUUCUAAAAGAAGCACGUCAAAAGCAAAGAAUUCCUGACCAUCAGGGAUUAAAAUUAAUUAUGGAGGAAUUUAAUGAAUUUCGCACAAAAUGUGGCCUCCUAUGGAGUUUUGAUUGGAUAUCUAUUCCAUUAGUUUACACACAAGUAGUGACACUGGCAACAUAUAGUUUCUUUGCCGUUGCUUUACUAGCUCGCCAACACAUUGAUGGCCAAGAAAAACAAUUCCAAUUGCAGAUCGAUGUUUAUAUACCCAUUUUCACAAUUUUGCAAUUCUUCUUCUUUGUUGGAUUGCUAAAGGUAGCUGAACAAUUAAUUAAUCCCUUUGGUGAUGAUGACGAGGACUUUGAAUUAAAUUGGAUAAUCGAUCGUCACACUAAGGUAUCGUAUCUUGGAGUGGAUACUCUCAUGAAUCGAUGUCCACCGUUGGUGAAAGACAUGUACUUCGACGAUGAAAAUUUGAUUCUACCAUACACAGAGGCAGCUGCUGCUUAUAAAAAGAAAACAUACCGUGGUAGCGUGGCAAAUAUGACAAUUCCCGAAGAUAAGCAAACCAUGUUCCUACCAGAUGUUAUAGAAGAAGACGAGGAAGUUGUAAAGCAGUCACUUCAUACAUCAAAUAUAAGUUUAGCUACUCACAAUGAUACCCUGCCGUGCAACACGGGCCAGAUCAGCCAGCACCCUGAUACACCUACGAAGACUGAUCAAAGUUGUCCUGAGACAAUUUUACAAUUUGAUAUUCAAGAACCAUUAACGCGACACGACCAAGUGGAUCAGGGAACUGGAGUUAUAACAGGAGCUAUGAAGAAGUUUUCAUCUUUAACGAAACAUUCGACGUCACGGAUCGAUCUGACUAGAAAACCAUUUUUUACAGUGACAAAAAGUCCCAAGGUCAUUCUACAACCCUCGUCUAGUACGUCUAACGUGUCAAGACCAAUGAGACAAAUCGUAGAUACGCCUAUAGUGUAUGCUGGUGACAUUAGCCCAUGGAAAGAAUACAGACCAAGUGCUCUGUGUCCACCCUCGUUAGAUGUUUUAAUUGCAGAUCAUCCACCUGAUAUUGAUACGAACACAAAUGACAGUCCUCAUUCGGACACGUGUCAGUCUGAGUGUCAUCAUGUCGGUGCGUCUCAUUUACAACUCCCAGAAACAAACGUACCAACUUUAGUACAACCUACACCGCGGUUGAAGAGUCCUAAGUUUCUUGUGAGGAGGCAUAAGUCAAUGGAAGUUACUAAAAAGAAAGGCAUUCAAUGGAAACAAAUUAUGAAACCACUACACAGAAGAACAUCAUACGAGGCUCCAUCACCUGUUGAAGAAGUCUUGUGUCAAACGAGGAGCUCGCCGAAUUUGAAACAUUUAGAGAGGGAUUCCGAAGAUACAAUCAAAGACAAACGUGAUGAUGAUAUUAAUUCCACUGAUAAAGGGACACAAGACUAAAAAUUGAAAAUGUAUACAUGUGAUAGCAAUUAUCAAGUGUAGAAAAUGUAAAAGGAUGGGAAUGUAUUGCCAUUUGUUGUUCAAUGACACGAUGUUAUCACACAUUUCAUACGAAUCUUGUUCAUUAUAUAUGUACAGCUAUUAUGACAGGUAUAAGUUAGAAUGAUUGAUGAUUAAACAUUAAACCAUACAUAAGAUAUUGUUCAAAUGUUGUAAUCAUCUAUUCAGAAUAUAUAUUGAUAUAUUAAUAAACAUUAUAUAUGUUUAGAUUAAACACUGUAUCAACAUUCAAUGCACGUGCACGUUAAUCUAUACAAGCCAAUCCUUCAAUCUAUUACACAUAUAUAUUUGAUGUAAAAUAAUUAAAGAAAUAGUUU